AUGUCCGAUCCGUUCUCGAUCGCAAGUGGUGCGGUCGGUAUCAUCUCACUAGGUAUCCAGCUAUGCAAGCAAAUCACCGAGUACGUGGAGGCAUUCCGCGACUAUGACGCCGAAAUCGAGAGUAUCGGCCUGAAAGCCGAAUCACUGAAAGGACCACUCAAACAACUACGCGAUUUUAUAGAAGACACCCAGGUAACGAACUCUGAAACUGCAAAUGACAUAGCCGAGAAGGCGUCGCAGCUUGAGCGGCAUUUGAAAAGACUUGAGAAUAGGCUCGCCAAGGCCAAGCCUGUCAUUUCAGAUAGUCUGAAAGAAAAGCUCAGGAACAAAUGGAAGAAUGUGGCCUAUCCAGUUCGCGCACGAGAUGCCUUGCGAGAUAUCAAGGAUGAUCUGGAUAGUGUACAAUCGACGAUACAACUCGCCUUGACAAUAUUCAAUGCCCAGCAGGCACAGAAGACAAAUUGCUUCCAAGAAAAUACAUUCAAACUCGUGCAGGAUAUUCAUGUUACUUUAUCUACCUUUCCGAGAGAUAACAUGCCAGCACCUUCAUUGCUCAAAUCACUGUGUGAUCGUUGUGGUGAAUGCGCUAGUCUCGCCGACUCAAAUUCACAAUCCGAUCUCAUCACCCAAAGUGAUGAUUUCGACCUGGAUAUCGAAGCUCGUCUGUUGGCAAUGACACCAUUCACUAAGUGCGCCCGCCGUGAAGACUCAGCCAAGAGAUUGUUUCAGUAUUAUAGUGGCUGGCUUCAUCGAAAGAUCACUCUCUCAGUCUCGCUUUCAAAUGGAGCGGGGGUAUAUUCCAUUUCACCGGUUUUGGAGGUGCAGGUCUAUCGGGGCGAAGACUGUUGGGCGGAAAAAGUAAUGCACCUCGGCCGCUUGAUGAAGAUUGGACUCAUGGAUGAUCCUGAAUUGCUACAGCGGUCUGAGAAAGAAUUGAUCAGUGAUUUUCAAAAGGCCAUUUCGGCAGGGGAAGUUGGACUUGAUGAUAUAACGAAAGAAGGAGUCUCGGUUGUUGAGUGGGCUUUCUGGUUGGUGAACGUUUAUCCAAACAGGGAAACCAACUCGGGCCGAUACUUAUUGUCCCAAUUUAUGCGGUUCGCGAUUGAGUGUGGUUACAACAUCCGCAACUCCACCCGUAACUUGAUUAUGAAAAUCAUUAUAAAUCAAAAAUGGGGAGAAGGCGAUCAUAUACUUGCCUUGUACCUCAUUAAUAAUGGUGCUAUUGUGGAUUUCUUGCCCUAUACGCGAUUUGGGAAGGAAAAUCUUCGCUGCCUCCUCCUGGUGGACCUACCCGAAAUUGUCAAAAUACUGAUGCUAGAAUCGGAGCAGGAACUGCGAGAAGCGUUACAAUGCGGGAGUACGAACUUGGCCAAUGAACGCAUAAAGCAUUUAUCAUUGCUCGAAUUGGCAGUAGGAUGGCCUGAUGGUGUUCAUAUCCUCUUGGAGUUUGGGGCCGAUGCCUCUCAGGCAAGACUGGGAUACUGUCCAUAUUCGACGUCUGAUACCACUGAUUUUGAUUGUGGCGAUUACUGUGAUUCAAUUAUUCCUUUGUUGCAAGGUGGAUGCAAUUUUCAAAACUUUGACAUAUACUUCUGCACGUCAAAAAAGGCCCGGUUACUCCUGAUUAAUGAGUACAGGAAUCGUCGGAAAAGGCUAUAUGAUAUGGCCCAGUCAUGCUUACCAGCAGGAUGUCUUGCUGAGAUACUCACUGAUUUUAGUGAUGAGACCAUUCUUGAUGUCCACGCACCUCGGGUAUGUACCGAGAUAAUCAGAAAUGGGUGGACGAUCCCCCACUCUCUACGGUGUGAGUUGAAAGAUCAGGGGUCGGUGUAUCAUAACGUUCCCUAUAAUCUGGAUGUCUGGGAUGAUCUAUUUCGGGCUGGCUUUCGAGACAUUGAUAUACCAGAUGCCCGUGGUUUAACACCCCUGAUGACCUGCGCUCUGGAUUACCAGCUACGUCAAGGAGCUCUGGAAUGGCUUGUUAAUAAAGGGGCAUCCAUUUUGAAAAAGCUACCGUUUUCGAAUACAACAAUUGCUCAUGUCGUGGGCUCUCAGCUCGCUAGCCACCUUGAAAGUACGGUUCGCUCUGACAUGACCUCUAGCAAAGGCAUGCUUGAAUCGCUACCGUGGACCAAAAAGAACAAAGGCACCAUUGUGCUAGUUCCGUUUGUGAAAGACUGCUGUACCUGCCGAUGUUGCGCUGGAGGCUGUACCACACUUUUGGUGGCUCUUCGGAGAUCUAACAGGAUUCUGGAGUGGCCCUGGUCUCGCAGCGAUCCGCUGGCGAGGGCUCAAUAUUUCCAGCUUUUGAGUUCUCUCGUUGACUUGACAGAAACGACAUCAGAAAGAGACCACAGCAUUAUCCGAUUAAUGACAUUUGAAGCACUUGCAUUGAGACACACGUGCUGCAUUGAGAUCACGACUUGGCCGCCUUAUCAUACUUACGCGGAUUUUAUCAUGGAUAAAGAGGAGGUACAAAGUAUCCAGGACGAAGAUCAACAUUGCUAUAAGCAACUUGAUCAGCUUGUCAAAAAAUUCCAUCUUCAGUUUGACGAGCUCGAUUUGCCAAUAAUGGAAUUCCUGCGUGGUCCAUGGCAUGGUCACAUGGUUGAAGUUCUCUUGACUCGCGACUCUUACAUCGAAGGCCAUUUACCGCAGACAAGAGAACUUGGAGUAUUUUUGAAGCCCACUGAGGCUGAUGAGGUUCCUAAAUUUGUCAAUUUCCUUGGUAAUCAGGUUGAAGAGCUGGACUCUGAGCAUGUUGUUUCCGAUGAUGAGAAUGGGAAUAAAGCGAAGAAUGGAACAUCACAGUCGGCAUGA